UCAUCCAACACGGCAACACCAGCGCCCAGCCUUUACCUCCCCAUUAUCUCUUUUCUUCUGAGAUCCUCUUACCUUAGAGCCGAUUCGCUACUUUGCUCUCCAGUGUCACCACCUUCCCUCUCCGCUCACUUCACUCUCCUCCGCCGCCGUCUCCAUCCGCCUCCUGUAAGCUCUUCAAUUUCUAUUUGUCGUCGACUUAUGGUAUUAAUUGGAUUGAGUUGAUCUAUGGCUUCCAACUCAGGAAAUGAUUUGCCUGCAGGUGCUCAGGAACCACAAAAUUCCAAACCAGAAGCAUCUUCUGAGCAAUCACAAUCAGGACAAACAACAUCUUCUCCUGCUCCAGGAGCUGGAAUACCCGCUAAUCCUUUUGACUUUUCGGCAAUGUCAGGCUUGCUAAAUGAUCCAAGCAUCAAGGAGUUGGCUGAGCAGAUAGCUAAAGAUCCUGCUUUCAAUCAAAUGGCCGAGCAAUUGCAGCAAACCUUUCAGGGUGGUCCCGCCGCUGUUGAGGAACCACAAUUUGAUCCACAGCAAUAUUAUUCCACCAUGCAGCAGGUGAUGGAGAAUCCUCAGUUUAUGGCCAUGGCUGAACGUCUUGGUAGUGCUUUGAUGCAGGAUCCAUCAAUGUCUGGCAUGCUUGAGAAUUUGUCCAAUCCAGCCCAGAAAGACCUGCUAGAAGAACGAAUGUCACGUAUCAAAGAAGAUCCUUCACUGAAGCCGAUACUGGACGAGAUAGAGACUGGUGGACCUGCUGCCAUGAUGAGGUAUUGGAAUGAUAAAGACGUUCUUCAAAAGUUAGGUGAAGCUAUGGGUCUAGCAGUCACAGGAGAAGCAGCUACAUCCGCUGAGCCUUCUGUGCCAGACGAGUCAGAGGAAGGUGGUAAUGACGAAGAUGAGUCGGUUGUUCAUCAAACUGCUAGUAUCGGUGAUGUUGAGGGUUUGAAGAAUGCUUUAGCUGCUGGCGCUGACAAAGAUGAAGAGGAUUCUGAAGGCAGGACAGCAUUGCAUUUUGCUUGCGGAUAUGGCGAGGUGAAGUGUGCUCAGAUGCUUCUUGAGGCAGGAGCUAAAGUGGAUGCGUUGGAUAAGAACAAAAACACCGCCCUUCACUAUGCAGCUGGUUAUGGGAGGAAAGAGUGUGUAGCGCUUCUCCUGGAGAAUGGUGCUGCUGUUACUCUCCAGAAUCUCGAUGGUAAGACCCCCAUCGAUGUCGCCAAACUUAACAAUCAACAUGAGGUGCUCAAAUUGUUGGAGAAAGAUGCAUUCCUGUGAUUUUGAUGGCAUGUUAGCUGGGGCAUGAAUGGUGUUACGGCAAGUGAGGAGGUUUGCGUGCAACUGAGUGGAUUACAUCCCAGGAAAAAUGGGGUGGGGUUGUUCUACAUAGGUAGGACUCGUUCAUGCCAUUGCAAUGCUCAGCGUGCAGUUAGAUAUUUUAUAUUUUGCUUCAGUUGUUUUUCAUGUGUGCCAUAAUUGAAGUUCUUUCGUUUCAACAUUCAGAUUUUUGUUAUUGACUUGUUACGGAUACCUUUAUUAAGUUAUUACAUCCGUUAAUUAUUUCA